AUGUUCACGGUGUGUCUGCUCGCCUUGCUCACUAUCCCAGAGAGUCUCCUCCCUCCAGUGCUACAGUAUUCCAGCCCAUCAGCAGUCGAAAGAGUGCAGAAUUGCGCCAUAAAGAAUCUCCACCAAGACCUGUCCUUUCUCGACGCUGCCAGGCCCAUCACGGCACCCGAGUUCAUUGAGCGCCGCGAUCGUCUAGCACAGGCCCUCGCAGCUUCAGGCGUGGAUGCAUUUGUACUCGAGCCAGGCUACACCUUUCAAUACUACGGCAAUAUUUCACAAACUGACUGGGAGCCGUGGGAGCCAGAAGAGCGCCCAUUUUUGAUGAUCGUCACGCCCAGCACACCAAGCAAUGCCACGACAGACGCCAUCAAGGCCAAAACAGCCUUCCUCUCACCACACUUUGAAGAAGGUCGCGUGCGCAUGCUCGGAAUCCCCAGCCGCGACCCCGAGCUGGACAUUGUGGUCUGGGAGGAACACUGGAACCCCUACACCACGCUCCUCGAGUCGCCCCUGUUCCAAGACCUAGGCCACCAGCCCACGCUCAUGAUGGACGAGGAAAUGCGCGACUACAUCGUCAGAGGGCUCGAGGGUGCCGGAUUCAAGACGGUAGGGCUCAGCCCGGCGGUGGAGCUCGUACGUCAGCAGAAGAGCCCUGCAGAGGUAGAGCUGCUGCGCGCCGUGAACACGGGCACUGUCGAGGCCGUGCGGGCAAUGCGGCCCUGCCUCGUCCCAGGGCUGACGGAGAACGAGUUGACGGACAUCUUGAACAGUGCGCUGCUGUCGGUCGGCUUCGGCCUGUUCUUCAACAUUGUGUUGUUUGAGGAACACGGCGCGCUGCCUCACGGCGGGUUCGUGACCGGGUGGAAGAAGCUGACGCAUGAGAGCAUGGUCGUGAUCGAUGUAGGUGCGCACUACCUGGGCUACUCCUCGGAUAUCUGUCGGAGUUUCUUCAUUGAUCCGCCUGAGCAUCGGCAUGCGUGCCAAGCUCUACAUGCUGAGAAGCUGCGCGUGUGGGAUAUCGUCCUGGAUGCCCAGACCGCAGCAGCGCAUGCCUUCAUGCCCAACGCUACAGCUGCCAGUGUCGACAUUGCAGCGAGGACGGUCAUCGAGGAUGCUGGCUAUGGAGAUGGAUUCACGCACCGACUAGGACAUGGUAUAGGAAUCAAAGCCCAUGAGUCUCCGUACCUCAACAAGUGGAACUCUGAUGUCCGUCUCCAGGCUGGUAUGACAUUCACCAACGAGCCUGGGAUCUAUCUCGAGAACCGCUUUGGUGUUCGCCACGAGGACAUCUAUCUCGUGAGGAAGGACGGAGAAGCAGAACUUCUCUCUGGGAGAAGAGCAAAGGGUCCCUAUAAUCCGUGA